CCAGAAUAUAAAGUUGUACAAAAAAUCGGAGAAGGUUCAUUUUCCGAAGUAUUGAAAUGUCAGGACAGGAUAACUGGCGCUUAUUACGCUGGGAAGAAACUAAAAAAAAUUUAUUCAUCGAUGAAUGAAAUGCUUGAAAGCUCCGAAGUAAUAGUAAUGAGGAAAAUAACUCGACAUCCAAAUAUUUUAUACCUGAUUGAAUCACAUUAUAAUCACAUGACUGGCAGAGUAAUUUUAAUUUUUGAAUUAAUGGACAUGAGUCUGUAUGACCUGAUAAAAAGCCGGAAGAAUCGUGUUAUGUCUGAGCAGAAAGUUAAAAUUUAUUUAUACCAGCUUUUAAGAGGACUUGAACACUUGCACAAGCAUGGCAUCUUCCAUCGUGAUAUUAAACCCGAAAAUAUUCUUGUGAAGGGCGACUUGGUGAAACUCGGUGAUCUGGGUUCUAUUCGAGGAAUUUACAGCAAGCCACCAUACACUGAAUACAUAUCAACAAGAUGGUACAGAUCACCAGAGUGUUUAUUGACCAACGGGUUUUACGGUCCCAAAAUGGACGUUUGGGCAAUUGGUUGCGUUUUCUAUGAAUUGUUGUCAUUGAAGCCAUUGUUUCCUGGCUCGAAUGAGAUUGACCAAAUAGCCAAAAUUCAUGCGAUCUUGGGGACACCUCAUGCUCGAGUUAUUGCUAAAUUUCGGAGAUUAAAUAAAUCUCGAAAUAGUGAGUACUUUUUUCCUAGCAAAGGAAAUGGCUCAGGAUUCACGGUUUUGCUGCCUCACGUAACGGAAACAGGCAAAGAGCUUUUAAAACUGAUGUUAGUCUAUGAUCCUGAAAAUAGAAGUAAUGUUAAGCGAUUGCUGGAUCACAGAUAUUUCAAUAUUCUAAAAGAAAGUGAUCCACCUAGACAACCAAGUGGCUUCACAUUACCCCCGAUAGAAUCUUGUCAAUGGCGUAAUCCUGGUAAUCCUGUUCUUCUCAGCUAUAUUGCAACAGAGAAACGCCGUCGAUAUAAACCUUUAAGUACAAGAAGACCUAAAGUAAUAGAAGAAAUAACUUCCAAAGGAUCACGAACAAUUAAUUCAAGUCCAAGUCGUCAAAACUAUCCCAGUAAAUCUAGCUUCUCGAAGUUAAAUGAUAAGGUAAAAGAAGAAACUACUUUGUACAUGAUUCAUUCGUCAAAGAGGACUGAUAACUCUUGGACGAGAACUGAAAAGUCCUGGAGAAAAAGUGUUUACACAACGCGAACUGAACGAUCAGAAUCACCUAGAUUAAAAGCUAGUGUCUGUAAAUUACCGUUGAUUAAGAAUAAUAAUAACAGAAUUAAUAUCAAUGUAUCUGGUGAAACCGGUGAUGCUUCAAGAGUAACUCGAAAGAUUCCUUCUACUUUUACUCCGCAGUAUAAUCUUCGAGAACGUAAUUUCUAUCCGAAUUUCCGGUCGAAGAUAAUCCAUAAUGCUAAAGAUCAAAACGAUGAUAGUCGAUUUACAUACUUACCUCAAAUUCAGAGACCAAUUCCUGACCGACAACAAGCUGCUCCAACAACCUCAGCACCUCAACACAAUGUUACUCUUGAAAAUAACAAACGUAAAACUCGAUUAGCUACCAUAACAGAAACAAGAGUAACACUUCCGCAUACCAGAUCAUCCAACAUAAAAAGCCCAGCUAAAAAAAUUGCUAAGCAUGAAACUACUAAAUCCCUCGGAAAAAUUCUAACUGCUAAAAAAGCACCACCUGCUAGACGCUUACGGGGCAAAGGAGUAUAA